AUGAUGAACGUCAGCAGCAAUGAGGUGGCCACUGCUUUCUCCUCACUUUCCUCCGCCCCCGGUGGAGGAGAUGCGGCUGCCGUGCCGCCGCUGUCGUCGCUCUCUGCGUCGUCUGAACUACCGCUGCCAGAUGGCUGGGAGAUUAAGGUCGAUUCGGACGGUCGGCCGUACUUCGUCGACCAUCGCCAGCGUACCACGACGUGGAUCGACCCGAGAGACAGGUACGAAGCAACUUAUUCGACUUACUGA